AUGAACUCCAGGCCUUCAAUGGUGCUAAGCGAUGUAAUCUUUGGUACAAAACACGAUCUAGAAAAGAUCGUCUUAAGACGAUCAGUAGCGCCCGGAGGAGAGCGGGAGGGGCGAGAAACGCGGCCCGGGCGGCUCUUCCUGCCAGCCCCCCUCGGCCCUGGGCCGAGCUGCCGGAACGAGUGCCUGCCCCGGUUUGCCCCUCGCUGGGCAGGAGAUGAGAAAGAGGAAAAAAUACGGCAAAAAGUGACAGUGGAAGUCCUGGAUCACUUGGAACGUCUGGCCUUGGUUGACUUCCGUGAUGCAGAGGGUGUGGAGCGGCUGCAGAAAGCAAUCCAGUUUGCUGAUCAGCUUCAUGAAGUAAACACUGAUGGAGUAGAACCGAUGGAUUCGGUCCUGGAGGACAGGUGCCUGUAUCUCAGAGAAGAUGAUGUUACAGAAGGCAACUGCACGAACGAGCUGCUGGAAAAUGCCAGAGAGAAAGUGGAGGAAUAUUUUGUAGCCCCACCAGGUAACAUCCCUUUACCAAAGAUAGAAGAACGAGAGACUUUUCUGCAGGGCUCUUAGCGAAAGCCCAGAACACAACCACCAUUUCAAUAUUGUAUUGGGGAAAACUAAGGUUUGUGCAGUCACAGCUGAGAAACCCUGGCAUGCAUUUUGAUCCAAAGAAGAGCACUUGCAAGGCAAUUUACAGGAGGAGGAAGGAGUAAAAAGUUUAGCAGUGCUACUGAAAUAUGCAGUGUUUAUGAAGCUGGAAGGCAGCAUGAUAGAUGACCUUAGCGCUUUUCUUUAGCAAGGUGAAUUUGAUGUUAUUCUUUAAGAUACUGAAUGGCUUAAAGGCUUUAAAGAGAACAUUAAAAGGUGGUGAUUAAAAAACCCAGAACACUACAGUUUUCCUCAACAAGUUUGUCAGGAAAACAAGAGAGGUUGGAAGGCUGUAUUUGCCUGUUUCUCACCUUUAGCUUGACGCUGGCUCUGACCCUGUCAGAGUUGCGAAGUCUGGUAUGGAAGAGUCCGUAACAUUGCUGAGUGUCUCUUUGAAAGAACUCAGAUUUUCGUUACAGAAGAAAAGGCACUUUGAGAAGAUGAUUCACUCAGAUAUUUUGCUUCUAUGGAGUAUUUCCAUUUUAUCUCUGUGCUCCAUGUCUGUGUGGGUUACCUUCUAUUUCCCACUUUGUAUUUUUAUUCUCACAAAUUAUAUACUAGGAGUUGUACAUAAUUUUGAGAAAAAAACUUUUCAUACACAGAAAUAGCUGCUCUAAAAUUAAAAAUCUUUGCCAUGAAUAUUUUUGUACACCAGACGUGUAUCUCUAGCCAUACUUCCUGGAUUAAUCCAUUUUUCUGUUUCAAACAAAGCAUUGCAGGGUUUGUUUUUUUUUCUUGUUGUUUAAAAUAUCCUGUGUGGCUAAGCUUAUUGUAAAUAAAGAAUGUAAUUACUUGUGAACUUGGCAUUUUGUUCUGUUGGCACAGUGAACUAAAUACGCAAUAUAAGGGGGGGGGGGGGGGGGUUGUUGUUGGAACAGGUUUUAGAAAUACAAGUAGCCCGGUACCCUUUAGUGUUGCAGACAGACAUUGCUAGCAGGAAGCUAGCAACAGCUUUAUAGGAAGAAGCAGUAACUUCUUCCUGGAUGGUGCCCUGUCCACAUAUAGAUGUAAGAAUCCAGAAUUAUUUAUUCCAAUUUUCAUCGUCUUUUCUAGUGCAUAGAGUUGCAUUCUGAGCCACAGUGGAAUUUUCUUCAGAAAUGCUAGGAAAGACCCCUGAAGUUGUUGUAAUAGGAUGCUACUAAUCACCAGUUCUGAGCUGCCUCUUAACAGCUCCUGAGAGCCUGACAGGAGAAGGAAAGGAGGCUCCUCCAUGACUGUGCAGGUACAUGCUUCCCCUAAGGGCAGAAACUCACCUCACAAGAUCAUAACUUGAUGUCAUCAAGCUUACACAGUUCGUGUUCUCAGUAUCUUUGCAGAGAAAAGCUAUUGCUCCCAUUCUGUCUUUCUGUACAUCUGCAUAACAAACACCAGCUUGGUGCAGGUGUCCCUUCAGG